GGAUCUAUUGCUCUUGUGUUAUGAAGCUAUAAAUAAUUCCUCGACAUACGACAGUGAAGCGCUAUCCUCGUAUUGAAUAACUUAUGGCUCUACAUGAGUCAUAUUUUGACCCUAGAGUUUGGGCCAAGAUCAAUGGGAAUUUCCGCUAAGCAUGCAGCGAAUAUAAAUGCAGAUUAGACUCGACUGCGCCACAACGCCUGUGUGUACUGCACUGUGAAUGCCUUGAAAUUGUGACGGACUCAAGCUACUAAUCGAAAGAAGAAGAAGAGGAAAAAUAUCCAUAUUUCAUCUAUUUGAGCUAAAUCUGAUAAUAAAGCAAACUAUACAGAAUGGAGCUCCAGGUUCAGAACGAACGCGAGCGAGAAAAGAUGUCGUACAGCAAGCUGGACGCCGAUGAGGGGGAGAUGGACCCGGUGAACGAAAUGACGGAGAAGAUGUCGUACGCCAAGCUGGAGGAUGGUGGAGAAGAAGGAGGGAAGGGCGAAGGGAAGAAUGGCCAGCCCCUGAGGGCUAAGAGCUUUGAUGGCUUUGAGGAUCCCAGCCAGCCCCUGCUGCUCUCGGGCAACAAUACUUCAGUCAACUAUGAGCUUGACUUUGUGGAGACGGAGUGGGGAAACAUCUUAGUUGCCAUCCAAGGAGAUCGUACCAAGCCUGCUAUUCUGACCUAUCAUGACCUUGGCUUGAACCAUGUAUCGUGUUUCCAAGGUUUCUUCAACUUUCCUGACAUGCAGCCCAUCCUGAAGCACUUCUGUGUUUAUCAUAUCAAUGCACCAGGGCAAGAACAGGGGGCAGCUCAGCUACCAGAGAACUUUGAGUACCCAGACAUGGAUCACUUAGCAGAGACUCUUAUCAGUGUACUUAAUCACUUCAGACUUAAGAAAUUCAUUGGCUUUGGAGUAGGAUCUGGUGCAAAUAUCUUGACAAGGUUUGAGCUCGCUCACCCAGAGUACAUAGAGGCUCUCAUACUGGUCAACUGCGUAUCAACACAGUCAACUUGGACAGAAUGGAUGCAACAAAAGCUGUCAGCAUACUACCUAAGAAAGAAUGGCAUGACAAACUACACACAAGAAUACCUUCUGUGGCACUACUUUGGCAAGAGUACAAUGGAAACACAUCAUGAGCUGGUGGCACUCUUCAGGGAGAACCUUGCUAAGAAUGUGAACGCUUUCAAUCUCUCACUAUUUGUCAACUCAUACAUCAGACGAACAGACCUGAACAUCCGACGUGAGCUGGAUCCGUUCAAACAGAAGAAUCUUCGCGGCGUGAAGGCUCACAGUAUGCUCAUCGUAGGUGCAAAUUCACCCCAUGUCAACGAUUCGGUGGAGAUGAACGCCCGUAUGGACCCGGCUCGCAGCCAGUGGAUGAAGAUGUCAGACUGUGGCGGUAUGAUCUUAGAAGAGCAACCUGCCAAGCUAGCCGAGGCCAUCAGGCUCUUCUUACAAGGCCAGGGAUACGUACCUUGGGUGAAAUCUGUUAAAGGUGCGACUCAACCGCCCAGCACGGUCUAUGGAACCCCCAGCACCCACAAGCAAGACAGGCGCCCCAGAACCAGUGAUGGUGUAACAGUGGUCGUCUAGAAGCAGGGUCCAUUCGACACUUCGGGUACCAAAAGAUACGGACAGUUGUAUCAAGAUUGACUCAUCGUGUAUUUUUAAUCAUAUUACUGAUCGUUUUCUGUGAACCCAGAAACUUUGUGACAUGAAACCUUUGCGAAGGGUUAAUUUGGCUAUUUUCACCGCAAGAAACUGUUGCAAAUUGCAAAAAAUUAGUGUUACAUCGAUUGGGAUUCAGUUAUUUCACGGCAUGAAAGUUUCGUAAAUCUGAAACACUCAUGAAAUCUGCGAACAUUUUAAGGACGCUUACUUGUAGGCUUCUGAUUUUACAUUAACAUGAUUCAAGAGUCUAUGGGUGUAACUUUACUGCAAGCCCAUUAUGCCACUGACUCUACAUAUGGUUUCUGCUGCAAUGGAUUGAUGCCCUUUUAGCUCUCAUCCAUUGAUAAAUUAUUUGCUUGGAGACAGAAGGUCAUUAAAUCCUAAACUUUAACACAGGGUUAACGUCCUUCUGGCUCCGAACA